AUGAGUAGAGUUGUUGAAGAGCUGUACAGUGAUAAGGAUAGAGUGGAGGUAAGAAGCGAAAAGGAAAUAAAGAUCAAAGUACCAAUUCAGAGAACAGAAGUUGAGGCAGCUGUGAACAAAAUGAAAAAUUAUAAAGCUUAUCUGAUACCUGGUAAAAAGGAACAUUACUUCGUGAAUAAGUCUGCUGAAAUGCAGUGUCUGGCCAGUGCAGUUGUCUUAGGGUUCAGCAGCGGGGACACUUUCAGCAGACACCAGAAAGAGGUCCAGGUCUACAAUACAGGUCCACCAGAAGGUCUGCAAUACAGGUCCUCCAGGUCUACAAUACAGGUCAUCCAGAAAGUCUACCAUACAGGUUACCAGAAGGUCUACCAUACAGGUCACCAGAGGUCUACCACACAGGUCCACCAGAGGUCUACCAUACAGGUCCUCCUGAAGGUCUACCACAGGUCCUCCAAUAGGUCUACCAUACAGGUCCACCAGAAGGUCUACCUACAGGUCUUCCAGAAGGUCUACCAUACAUGUCCUCCAGAAGGUCUACCAUACAGGUCCUCCAGAAGGUCUACCAUAGGUCCCACCAGUCUACCAUACUUGUCCACCAGAAGGUCUACUAUACAGGUCCCACCAGAAGGUCUACCAUACAGGUCCCUCCAGAAGGUGCUAUACAGGUCCCACCAGAAGGUCUACCAUACAGGUCCUCCAGAAGGUCUACCAUACUGGUCCACCAGAAGGUGUACCAUACAGGUCCUCCAGAAGGUCUACCAUACAGGUCCUCCAGAUCUACCAUACAGGUCUCCAGAAGGCCUACCAUACAGGUCCCACCAGAGGUCUACCAAAUGGUCCACCAGAAGGUCUACCAUACAGGUCCACAGAAGGUCUACCAUACAGGUCCACCAGAAGGUCUACCAUACAGGUCCUCCUAAAGGUCUACCAAGGUCCUCCAGGUCUACCAUACAGGUCCACCAGAGUCUCCUGGUCCUCCUGAAGGUCUACCAUACAGGUCUCAGAGUCUACCACAGGUCCACCAGAAGGUCUAUACAGGUCCUCCAGAAGGUCCUCCAGAAGGUCUGUCAUACAGGUCCUCCAGAAGGUCUGUUACAGGUCGCACCAGAAGGUCUACCAUACAGGUCCACCAUAGGUCUACAAUACAGGUCCUCCAGAAGGUCUACCAUACAGGUCCUCCAGAGGGUCUACCAUACAGGUCCUCCAGAAGGUCUACCAUACAGGUCCACCAGAAGGUCUACCAUACAGGUCCUCAGAAGGUCUACCACCAGGUCUCAGAAGGUCUACCAUACAGGUCCUCCAGAAGGUCUACCAUACAGGUCCUCCAAGCCUACCAUACAGGUCCCGGGUCUACCAUACUGGUCACAGAAGGUCUACCAUACAGGUCCAGAAGGUCUAUACAGGUCCACCAGAAGGUCUACCAUACAGGUCCUCAAAGGUCUACCACAGGUCCUCCGAGUCUACCACAUAGGUCCACCAGAAGGUCUACCAUACAGGUCUCCUGAAGGUCUACCAUACAGGUCCUCCAGAGGUCCCAUAAGGUCUACAAUAGGUCCUCAGAAGGUCUACCAUACAGGUCCUCCAGAAGGUUCCUAUACAGGUCCUCCAGAAGGUCUACAUACAGGUCCAGAAGGUCUACCAUACAGGUCCUCAGAAGGUCUACCAUACAGGUCCUCCAGAAGGUCUACCAUACAGGUCCUCAGAAGGCCUACCAUACAGGUCCCACCAGAAGGUCUAUACUGGUCCACCAGAAGGUCUACCAUACAGGUCCCACCAGAAGGUCUACCAUACAGGUCACCAGAAGGUCUACCAUACAGGUCCUCUAAGGUCUACCAUACAGGUCCUCCAGAAGGUCUACCACCUAGGUCACCAGGGUCUACCAUACAGGUCCUCCUGAAGGUCUACCAUACAGGUCCUCCAGAAGGUCUACACACAGGUCCACCAGAAGGUCUACCAUACAGGUCCUCCAGAAGGUCUACCAUACAGGUCCACCAGAAGGUCCUACAUAUAGGUCCUCCUGAAGGUCUAGCAUACAGGUCCUCAGAGGUCUAUACAGGUCCUCCAGAAGGUCUAUUUACAGGUCCCACCAGAAGGUCUAUUUACAGGUCCCACCGAAGGUCUAAUACAGGUCCACCAGAAGGUCUACAAUACAGGUCCUCCAGAAGGUCUGUCAUACAGGUCUCAGAAGGCUCUAUUUACAGGUCGCACAGAAGGUCUACCAUACAGGUCACCAUAAGGUCUACAAUACAGGUCCUCCAGAAGGUCUACCAUACAGGUCUCCAGAGUCUACCAUGGGUCCUCCAGAGGUCUACAGGUCCACCAGAAGGUCUACCAUACAGGUCCUCCUGGUCUACCAUAGAGUCCACCAGAAGGUCUACCAUACAGGUCCUCCAGUCCUCAGAAGGUCUCCAUACAGGUCCACAGAAGGUCUACCAUACAGGUCCUCCUGAAGGUCUACCAUACAGGUCCUCCCGAAAGUCUACCAUACAGGUCCACCAAGGUCUACCUUACAGGUCCUCCAGAAGGUCUACCAUACAGGUCCUCCAGAAGGUCUACCAUACAGGUCCUCAGAAGGUCUACAGGUCCCACCAGAAGGUCUACCAUACAGGUCCACCAGAAGGUCUCCAUACAGGACCUCCAGGGUCCUACAGGUCCACUAGAAGGUCUACCAUGCAGGUCCACCAAAGGUCUACCACCAUACAGGUCGUCCAGAAGGUCUACCAUACAGGUCCACCAGACGGUCUACCAUACAGGUCCACCAGAAGGUCUCCAUACAGGUCCUCCAGAAGGUCUACCAUACAGGUCCUCCAGAAGGUCUACCAUACAGGUCACCAGAAGGUCUACCAUACAGGUCCUCUUGAAGGUCUACCAUACAGGUCUCCAGGUCUACCACUCCAGGUCCACCAGAAGGUCUACCAUACAGGUCCUCCAGAAGGUCUACCACACAGGUCCUCCAGGUCUACCAUACAGGUCCCCAGAAGUCCACCAUAUAGGUCCUCCUGA